GAUUUUUUUUUCAACAAGUAAUAGAAUCAGAAUAUACAACUUUAUGUAUUUAAUAAAAAAAAUAUUUAAAACUGUCACAGAAGGGACAGGACUCGGGUAAGUAGAUGACAUUUAUUGUUUAUUGUAAAGAAUGGCAGUUUACAGCAGGUGAGUAAUGCGGGUGUUUAUUUUCAGAGAGUAUAAUAUGGAUGACAGAAACCAAUUGACAGUCUUUAAGGGAUGACAAUGGAUACAGGAACUGAUGCCAAAAUGGAACAGAAGAAACAGAGACGGGGAAACACUGGAGAUCACAGGUGACAAGGAAGGCUGAUGGAUGCUGAAGACAAGUGUAAGAGUGGUCCCGCAGGAAUCCUCAUUCAGAGAGAGAGAGAGAGAGAGACGUCUUUCAUCAGUAACUGGAGAAAGGAUUGUUGAUGUGCUGAGUGAUGGAUGUGCAUCUCACCUACAGUUCAGGACUGUGAGGACGACAUGCGGCUCUGAAUGCCUCAGUAUGAGAUAAUAAAGCCUUUGCACAGCUGCUGACAACCGAGACAGAAGACAAGGACCCUCCAGCAUGAGGCCAGUGUCAUAGAUCCGCUCCUAUUUUUAUUUUUUCUGAACAUCAGGGAUGCUUUGUAUUGACUUUUAAAGGUUACUUUGUGUGGUACUUUUUCACAGAUCGAAGCAACGACAUAAACAUGGAACUUUCCUGUCUUUAAAAUAGUUGUAAUGGUAUUUCUAUUUACAGGAUCAGUCUACUUUUUGAAAAAGGCUUAUUUUACAUGUCGCCAAAGGGUUUAGCAGAUGCAUUGCCUGAGCAGGACGCCCAGGUCAUAUCUGCUGAACUCCUACAGUGAUCUACAGGAGACUGAUGAGCUUUCCAGAGAAUCGUAUGAAGCCACCUGGUUAGACCUGCUGAUGGAGACCAGGCCAGAAUACAAGAUGACUCUUGCUGAGAAGGACUCCAUGAAAAAGGAGAGCUACGAAAGCAAGCAGGUGGUUCACUUCACAGUGCGCAGAUUCCCAAACCAGACCAUUCAGAUGGGCAGAGACAGGGAGCCAAUGCAGGAGUAUCGUUUACCAUACAAAAACAUUCUCCCAAUACCAAUAUUUGUGCCCAGAGACGUGACUCAGCCUGACGUGACCCGCUCGCCCUCACCCUCAGUCAAAUCCAGCACAGACACCGAGGCUAGUUUAAGCGGAGUGUGUCUUCAUAAGAGAGAGAUCUCGUCCAUCACUGAACACAAGCCAAUGGUAAUCCAACCCAGGAGUCCAGACUUCAGAGCGUCCAGCCUCAUCUCUCCACCGCGGGACACCCUCCGCUUCCAGAGACGAGAGUGAUGAGCUGGUGAAAGCUGACGGCCAUCAUGGACACGGAUACAUAGACGAGUAUGGUUUACGACAUCUCUGCUGGACAGUCAACAUCUAUUCAAAACAGAUAAUUCUUGGAAAUAAGUAUGAAGGCUUUACUGACUGUGAAUCUCACUCUUGUGUUUUUGAAGUUACAGCACACAAUAAAAAGUCAAUCAUG